AUGGCAAACAAGUCGAGUUCAAGCGCUCAAAAAUCAGAGGAUGCUAGGUUCGCUGGUGUUCACAGCGACCCAAAAUUCAGAGAGACCAAAGCAAGAAAGUUCAAGAUCAAGCUAGAUGAUAGAUUCAGCGAACAAGAUUUGGAAUACAAGAAGAAAGCCAAGGUUGACAAGUAUGGCCGGCGUCUGAAAGGCCAGGACAAUAAGGAGAAAAAGGAUUUCGAAAAAUACUACGAAAAAGAGGAGGCCCCAAAGAAGUUAGAAGAGGACAAGAGCGAAGAAGAUAGUGAUAACGACAGCGAAGAAGACGAAAAAACCGUAAAAGCUGCAAGCAAGAAAACCAGUCUGGAUAGAGCUCGUGGUGAAGUUCCCAGCGAUUAUGCUUCUUCUUCGGAUGAAGAGUCAUCUUCAGAAUCAGAAUCGGACUCUAGCAACAGCGAUCUCGAAAGUGAGGAAUCCGAAGUGGAGAUCGAAGGCAGCAAACCAGAAUCGGGAGAAAGUAGCAAGACAUUGGCGGUGGUUAAUCUGGACUGGGACCAUGUCAAAUCCGAUGACUUGAUGAUCACAUUUUCCAGUUUCGUUCCCAAGGGUGGCAGAAUAGUCAAGAUUUCCAUUUACCCAAGCGAGUUUGGAAAAGAGCGGUUGAACCGUGAGCAAAUCGAGGGACCUCCAAGGGAGAUCUUCGCAAGCAAGAAGAAAAGUAAGAGAAGCAAAGACGACGAAAGCGAUUCAGAUGUGGACGUAAAAGACCUGUACGAAGAAGGUGACGCUGAUGAUUACGAUGUCAAGUCGUUGCGUCGUUACCAACUUGAAAGGCUCAGAUACUACUAUGCAGUGGUAAAUUGUACAAAUGUGGAAACAGCAGAGUCUAUCUACAAAAACUGCGACGGCACAGAGUUCGAAUCCACCGCCAACAUGUUCGAUCUUAGAUACGUUCCAGACGGAAUGGACUUUGACGAUGAACCAAGAGAUGAAUGCUCUGAGCUGCCCAAAAACUACAGGCCUGCACAAUUUAGUACCGACGCGCUGCAGCAUUCGAAAGUUAAGCUCACAUGGGAUGAAACGCCUGCGGACCGUGUUUCGAUGGCCAAAAGAGCAUUCAGUCAAAAGGAACUUGACGAGAUGGAUUUCAAGGCAUAUUUGGCAUCUGACAGUGAGGAAUCCGAACCAGAAGACACUGGAAAUCUCAAAGAUAAGCUCAAAGCUUUGGCCAACCAAUCAGCACAGGUUGGUGACCGUUCUCUUUUCGAUAAAAAAUCGGAUGAAGAACAAAGCGACGUUGAUAUGCAAAUAACGUUUGCUCCCGGGUUGGCAGAAACGGAUGAUUCAAAGGAGGGAGCAGACGGAAACACAGACGAAACUACAAUAGAGAAAGUAAGGCGUAAGGAAAAGGAGCGCCGUAAGAUGCGUAAGGACCGUAUCAAGGAAUUAAAGAAGCAAUCGUCUGAUGAGAAACAAAAAUCGAAGGAGUCAAGGACAUCAAAGAAAUACAAUUCUAACGAAAACACCGAUUCCAAGUCAGCUGCCGAACUAGAAUUGCUGAUGAUGGAAGACGAUAAUGAAGGAAGUGGUUCGGGCAUCAAUAAAAAGGCACAUUUCAACAUGAACGAAAUUAUGAGAUCGGAGAAGGAGAAGUCUAAGAAAUCUAAGUUUCAGGAUAAACGCAAGAUCACCGACGACCAGUUCAAACCUGACCUCAACGAUCCACGUUUCAGCGAGAUGUUCGAGGAUCGGGAUUUUGCGAUCGAUCCAUCUCAACCUGAGUUCAAGCAAACGCCAGCAAUGAAACAAAUUUUGCAAGAGAGAAACAAACGCUCACACAAAGGUAAAGCUAAGAAAAGAAGCGGCGCACAAUUCGAUGCAACUGCUCAAAAUAAUUCUGACGUUGCAGGCCUCGUUAGCAAGAUGAAACGGUCAGCUAAAAAGAGCAAAAAAUCGUCAAACUAG